CGACGACUUCUCCAGCCGUAUGGAGACCAACGUGGCGCUAGACUUCACCGGACACAUCUACUGGGACUCCCCGGCCAUCACCAAGAGCUCCUGCGAGGUAGACGUCUCCUUCUUCCCGUUCGACCGACAGAAAUGCCGGCUCACGUUCGGUUCCUGGACGUACAGCGGUAGUCAGAUCGACGUUUGGAACGAAUCCUUCACGGGAGACCUGACGGACUACGUACGGAACGCCGAGUGGGAACUUGUGGGCAUGCCGUCGAGACGGAACCUCAUAGUCUACGGAUGUUGUCCGGAUCCGUUUCCGGAUGUGACUUUUACAAUCAUGUUGGAACGGAAGUCUCUGUACUAUAUUUUUAACCUGAUUCUCCCGUGUAUGCUGAUAUCCAUGUUGGCUCCCAUGAGCUUCUAUCUACCAGCGGAUUCUGGUGAAAAGGUGUCUCUGGGUAUCACAGUGUUGUUGGCGCUGACGGUCUUCCAGCUAGUGGUCGCUGAGGCACUCCCGCCUUCCGAGAACAUCCCUCUGAUAGGAAAGUACUACAUCGCCAGCAUGACGUUGAUGUCCCUGUCCACGGGGAUGUCGUGUUUCGUCAUGAACAUCCACCACUGCGGUCCGGAAGCGCGUCCCGUCCCCCGAUGGAUGCGCUGGCUCAUCCUGAAGUGGCUGGCACAGAUCAUGCUCUUCCGUGACCUUAGCAUCACGUGCUGCAAGAACGAGAAAAAGGUCAAAAGUCGUGGGUCACCGCGCAUGGGCAGAAGCGGGAGUCACACUGGGUGCGACGACACCACCAGCUGUGCCCGAGAGCGCGCAUGCUCACUAGAGGAAACGUUUACCAAGAGAUCUGAUAACGAAGUGCACUUGCGUUCUUCUCUGCGCAUGCGCUCGGAGGACAUGCUAAACGGCGGAGCAACGACGCCAUCUGCACGGAACAACACGAACUGCAGGAUGGGAGUCGGAUACGAACUUGUUGAGCUGAAGCCGCCUGAAGUGAUGGUGGCGAACAAACUGGAAAAAAGACUGGAUAGAAUCGAGAAGGAGGUUCGGUACGUCACAGAUCGCCUCCGUAAGAAGGACAAAGAGAACUCAGUGGCGGCGGAAUGGCAGAGAGUAGCUAAAGUGGUGGAUAGACUGUUCCUGUGGCUCUCGCUGCUCACCGCUAUUGCCGUCAGUCUGCUCAUACUGGGCUCGUACGUGUGACAGUGCAAUGCAGUCCAUAUAUGAACCGCUAGAUGUCGCGCUUUCACUGUCACUGAGUGGUCGCGAGGAAGAGGGGGCGUCAUGUAGCGUCAUGUGACACUGGUCCUGAAACUAGGUGGAGUAGACGUCCACCUUAUGUCAGUCACUGAAGCCUUAGCUGCAAUAUUACAACUUGUACUAAAAUACCAAGCAAAAUGCCACUUUUGUCAGAGAGGAAAACAUAUGUAACAUUGAGCUCUAAGCACACAGUGCAGUCUAGGCGUUGAUCUCAACUGCAUCAACUCAAGCCCGAACUGAGGAAAAGGUUUUGGUGACUAGGAAUGGUUGCUAGAAAAAGAAGAAGAGUGUUUUAAGUUCCCAACUAAUAGAUGUAAACUUGCACGGAACUGUUAUAAGUGGCCAAAUAUGUCUGGAGGUGGUUGGCCGGCCAUGUUUGACAGUAUGUGGUGGUAAAUACGACUUGCUUCUAUAACCUUGCUGCUAUUGUGAAUUCACAUUUGCAGACUUUACAAAUAGCUAGUCUUUGGUCCUGCAGUCGUUCUCUUAUGAAUUACUCUAUAGCUACCAUGUUUAAUAGAAGAUUUGUGCUCUUGUUCCAUUGGUAUUUGAUGUUCAGUAAAUCUCUGUGUCAGAAAAGCAACAACCUUAUUUUCUAACUAGAUGUGAAAAUUGAACAUGUACCUGACUAUAUACACACAAUAGAAAAAGUGGGAAUUUCUCAUUUUAAACGAGCAGUGAUGAUUUAUGAAACAAGAAUGGAAUGGAACCGUCUAUUACUACUUCAAGAAUGUGACGUCAGUGACAAGUGACUGCAACAAUGGGUUGUGAGUGCCCAAUUGUUGAGUGCCACAUUGAGCCGAGGCGGGGGGCGACAUAGGUUAUCUGCUGCAGUCACAUGUCUCUGACCUAAAGUUCUGAAAGAAGCAGCUGAAAAUUUGGGUACUAGUUAGUCCUAGUUGGUGGUGUUGGUUAGAUAAUCUUUUUUCUCUUCUGUCAUAUUGUCAUUAUUACCAACAGAAAUAAAUUUUCAAGCUAUGGCGUAUAUGUAAUACUCUGAGCUCUAUUGUAUUUACAGGUGCCUUUUUCUGUUCAAAAUAUUCAAGAACAAUGACAUCAAUAUCAAAACUCGUAACAACCACAGACAAUACAACUGUUAAAAUUAGAAACUUGUUUAUUGACAUGUAAGAGAAUAUUUGCAUAAGGAUAAAUGAUUUAUGACCAUAUUUGUACAAUUGACAAUAACAGAAACAAUAAGAUAUAUAUACAAAGAAAUAUACUACACAAAGACACAAGAACAUGAGCAAUUAAUAUUAACAGUUGUCUCGCAUUACGUAUUGGAUGAUGGUUCAUUUUGCAUUAAUAUUAAUAAUAAUAAUAAUAUGGGAAUAGGGUGAGAAUACAAUAGAUUGUAUUUUAUAGCAUGAACACACUGCAGUACAGAUUAAGUUUCAAUUACCCCCUCUAACCUUGAGUGGUCCCUUCCUCCGUCAAUUUUAAAGUCUAUUUUAAGAUCCCAAAUAGAAAUGAGAGGGUAAGUCUAUUACAGAAUCUGGGGGGAUAAUUGUUCACAAUCUUCGUCCAUAUCAUUUGCUCAGUAUUGCUUUUGAACACAAUAAAUUUUCGUAUUGAAGACUUUUUUUGCAAUAUUUUUCUAAUAAAGAGAUUUCAGUCUUCUUCAGCCAAAAAGAAAAAUUUAAAUCUUUGACCGCACAAUCAUACAUCUAAGUGCACUGAACGCACAUAUACUUCUGGAAGAUAAAGAGACGAAAUAUCUAUAACACGUAGAGCUAACUAUGACAAUGUCAUAUAACAAAAACUGAAACAUUUUUGUAACAGGUUAUGGUCUUCAAAUUUCAGUAGACAGCAAUAGAACACUAUUGAUAAUACAAGACAAAAUUAAAAUUUUUCUUGUGAGACAGGGCAUUGCAGAAGAUAAAAAAGACAUACAAAUUGUCACAAACAGAACAGUUCUCAACUUCUUACUCACAACCAAGGAUUUGCAAAAUGCUAAUACUUCAAAGACUGUCUGUAACCUUGGUCAGGGCACAAAUAAUUGGUUCACUUGUACUGCAGCAUAGGUGGCACUGCUAACAAUGCACUCCCAAAUGUAUUAGCUAGAGGUUUAUACUAUUUAUUAAAAUAGUAAUAUCACAUAGUAGAUAUUGCUAAUCAUUAAUUAGAAGUUAUGGCAGUUCCAAACAUGUUGUCAAUACUGCAUGUCCUCAUAUUGUUGCUUAACAUAUCUAACGUUAUUUAAUUUAUGGGACAAUACUUUACAUUUGGGACUGCAUUGUUAGUAGCUCCACCUAGCUGAAGUACAAAGCAUAGCAGUCAUUAU